AUGGCCGGUUUGAACGCUAAAGAAUUAAGAGCCAAGUCGGAGCAGGAGUUGGAGGCCGAGUUGAUCGAGCAAAAGAAAAAGUUGGCUCAACUCAAGGUUCAAAAGCUGACUAAAGCUUCUGUCCCAGAAAUUAAGGCUGUUCGUAAGGACAUUGCCAGAGUUUUGACCGUUAUCAACUUGCAAAAGCGUGAUGCCGUCAGAGAAUCUUACGCCGGUAAAGAACACAUUCCAAAACAGUUGAGAGAAAAGAAGACCAGAGCUCUAAGAAGAGCAUUGACUGCUGAGGAGAAGUCUCAUGAAACUGUCAGACAGAGAAACCGCAGAGUUGCUUUCCCAAGAAGACUGUACGCUGUCAAAGCUUAA